AAAGGGGGUGGACAUUCAAGUUAAGGGACAAGCCCUUGAAUUACUUUUGAUUUUUCUUUUCUAAUGUAACCACUUUCCAAUUAUUUUUAAUUUUUCUUUACACCCUUGACUUAUUUGUCAAGUUUUCUGCAUAAUGACAAAUCGUUCCAGUUGCCUGUGGGCCAAGUGCAGCACCCAAAGAAGGUUGCAGGUGUUUCCACUAGUCCCUCUCCAUCAGGAAGACAGAGACUGUCUCCUGCGUUUGGCUCCCGGUUGGGACCCCCGGCCCCAGGAGCACCGCCUAGACCGGCGGGACCCCCGCCCAACAGCAGUGGGGUCUCCCGAACCUCCCCCCACUUGCUCUCCGCGUCGGACCUUGGACUUCAGUUAUGUUGCGGCUUCCUGUCGCCAAACUUGUUUUCUUUUUGCGGGAAACCUAAUCUCUCCAGCGCUGGGCUGGCAGAGCAUGCAAAUCAGCCUAACAGUGCUGUUUUGUGAGUGCUCCCCGUAUGCAAAACCUCCUGAAAUACAUCAGGCGGCCCGGAAGCCCAAGGAAGCUGGAGGGGCCGAAGAGGAAGGAGGAGGUGGGGGGUCGGGGCUGGGGGCUUGGGGUGGGGCUCCGUGCCCGACAGGAUGAAAUAUCCGGACCGGCAGUCCCAGCUUCCCACGCCCAUCCCUCCUAGGUGGGGACACCUGGCCCCCACCCCCACCCUCGGCCUCCCAUGGCUCCUCCGCGGCCACCAGAUGGCGACACACGCGGGCCUGGGACCCAAGCGCAUCCUGCCCCGAACCUGGGCGGUGGAGGUACAGCGGGAAGCACCCGCGUUCAAAACCACACCCGCUGCUCCUCACCCGUUCUGGGGCCAAGUCUGGGGACGCGUGAAUUUGACUUUUUGCUUUUUUUUUUUUUUUUCCUCCCCUCAACGGCAACCUCUGCAAGGACAAGAAAGGCCACUCUAAAUACAAAAGCGGCCUUUAAUAGCACAGCCAUUACUUUUUAAAUGCACAUGCUGUUAAAAAGUUCUGGAGAGAAAGCGCCGCUCCGGGCGCGGGCGCGGAGGGAGAGAAGAGAAUGAAGCGUCUUGAGUCGCCGAGAGCUUUGAUAAGCAAAUACAGCCCAGCGCUCUCGCUCUCUCUCUAUUGGCUGUUCCUUCACCGCCAGAUUUUGACACAAAUAAUCAGAUUGAAAAUCAGGGAGGGGAACAGAAGAGGAAAAAAAAAAAAGAGAGAGAGAGAGGAGAAAAAAAAAAAAAAAAAAGGAGAAGUAUCUAUUUGUGCAGAGAGUCACGAAGUUUGCCGGGUGGCUCCGAUUCCCCAGAGGAAGGCAGCGAGGUUCCCACCGCGGGACAGGAGGCGCCGAGCUCAGACAGGCGUGGGCCUCCCGCUGACUAUGCCGCGCUCCUUCCUGGUGAAGAGCAAGAAGGCUCAUACCUACCACCAGCCCCGCGACCAGGAGGAUGAGCCGCUCUGGCCUCCCGCCCUUGGCCCUGUGGCCAGGGACCAGGUCCUGAGCAACAGCCCUGUCCUCAGCACCCUGUUCCCAAACCAGUGCCUGGACUGGACUGGCCUCAAACAGGAGCCAGAGCUGGAGCUGGACCAGAGAUUGACCAAGAUGGCCUUGGCCCCAGAGGGUCCCACUGUGAUGUCCCAGCCCCAGGAUGGGGACUCGCCAUCUUCCGACUCACCCCCAUUCUACAAGCCCAGCUUCUCCUGGGAUGCCCUGGCUUCAUCCUAUGGCCACAGCUACCGGCAGGCCCCCUCCACCAUGCAGUCUGCCUUCCUGGAGCGCUCUGUCAGCCUGUACGGCAGCCCUCUGGUGCCCAGCACCGAGCCACCCUUGGACUUCAGCCUCCACUACUCCCCUGGCAUGGACGCAUACCACUGCAUCAAGUGCAACAAGGUGUUCUCCACGCCCCAUGGGCUUGAAGUGCACGUCCGCCGCUCCCACAGCGGGACCCGGCCCUUCGCCUGUGACAUCUGCGGCAAAACCUUUGGCCACGCCGUGAGCUUGGAGCAGCACACGCACGUCCACUCCCAGGGGAUCCCGGCCGGGUCCGGUCCUGCGCCCAGCUUGGCAGUCCCGGGUCGCGAGGCCCCGCCUGCGCCUGACCCCCCGGGGCCUCGUUUCCUCCGGCAGGAGCGCAGCUUCGAGUGCCGGAUGUGCGGCAAGGCCUUCAAGCGCUCGUCCACCCUGUCCACCCACCUCCUCAUCCACUCGGACACGCGGCCCUACCCCUGCCAGUUCUGCGGCAAGCGCUUCCACCAGAAGUCAGACAUGAAGAAGCACACCUACAUCCACACUGGUGAGAAGCCCCACAAGUGCCAGGUGUGCGGGAAGGCCUUCAGCCAGAGCUCCAACCUCAUCACCCACAGCCGGAAGCACACAGGCUUCAAGCCCUUCAGCUGUGAGCUGUGCGCCAAGGGCUUCCAGCGCAAGGUGGACCUGCGGCGGCACCGUGAGAGCCAGCACAACCUCAAGUGAGGCCGUCCCUGCUCCCGGCUCCUGGCCAGCCAGCCCUGACAUGACAUCACCUGGCAGGGAAGCCAGCCUCACACACCCAGGCUCCCGGAGGCAGCACUGGCCGGGACUCUUCCAGCUUGUUUUGAGACUCAUCAGAGUGCUGUGUGACCUCAGGCAGGUCACUUGCCCUCUCUGGACAUCCCAACAUUUCUCUUGCUGCAAAGUGUGGCAGCUGGGUUGGGUCUUUUCUGAGCUGAUGUUGUCUAUAGGUCUAAGAGCUUGGUGUCUUCCCAGGGACAGAACCCAGGGGGCCAGAAGAGCCCCAGGGGGACAGGGGUGACAAGAAGAGACCAGAGCUGGAGCCCACAGAGAAGUCCUCCCCCUGCCUGCCGCCCACUGGGCUCUGGUCAGAUUGGUUUUCAGUGGACCUCUUUCUGGCUGCCACGGAGGGUCAGAGCCAUCUCCUGCCCCAGUGGGAGGCCUAGCACCCCACUGCCUCAGCCAGCGUGCUGGCCACUCCCACUUCUGAUGGCUACUCAGGCCAUGCGGUUCCCGUUCUGCUGUUAGACCCGGGCCGGGGAAAUGAGCCAUCACUGCUGUCAAAGCCUGUUCAUCUCAACUGCUAUAAAUAAAAAUAAAGAUACAGAUUUACUUACAUUUGAGCAG